GCCCGGGGGCCCGCUUCGUCCGGCGGCUCCUGCUCCUGCUGCUGUGCCCGGGCGCAAAGGGAGCUAGAGGCGCCGCCGUCGGGGGCACUUCUCUGGGGCGCGGCCGGGCGAGAUCGGCGGGGCCCGCGGCCCGCGGGCAGCCCCUCGAUGGAUCUGCUGGUCCUGGGGGGGUCGGUGGUCGCCUUCCGGCUGCUCAACGGCGGCCUGGAGCGCCUCGUGCCGCCGCCGCCCUCGGCGCAGCGCAACCGCUGGAAGUGGCGGAACAUUUGGACCUCGCUGGCGCACAGUCUGCUUAGUGGCUCGUGGGCGCUGCUCGGGUGAGUCGGGGGGCCGAGAGAGACUGGGCGGAGUUGGGGGAAAACCGGACAGCGCGCGCUCAGGGGUCUCACGGCUGUCUCUCUCCUUUUCCAGCUUCUACUUCCACCCGCAGAUGGCGGAGGACCUCAUCGACACCCACUUGCCCGCCGCGCACCACCUGCUCGGGAUCUCCGUGGGUGAGUGGCCGCCAGAAGGGGCAACAACAGGAGGAGGGGUCCCCGCCGCAGCCGACCCCCGCUCCUCCUAGACGCUGACCAUAAAAGACGGGCGAGAGGGAGUGUGUGAAGCCGCACAUGGUGGGCACAGUGGCUGGCACUCUGUGCGCACCCAGAGGCACUUUGCCCACGAUUCCCCGGCCCAGAGCUGAAGUGGGAUUGAAAAUGGGCCCUGGAAGCUGAACACAGCGCUCUGGACCCAAGGAAGCCACAGAAGGACGCGUGUGGGAAAGAUUGCCUCGGUGCCCCCAGAGCCUUCCCUUUCAAUGGCUGCUCUGCUUGCCUGCCUUUGUCCCCUGGGGCUGCAGCCUCAGCAGCUGACCCAGGGGGCGGGAAGCGGCUGGUGCCAGGCUAUCUCCUGGGUGCGCCUCUCGCCACUUCCCUCUGGCAGGCACGUGACCUGGGGGCAAACAAACGAGCCCAUUCUCAUCCCUUGCUGCUGCCGCCACAGCAAAUUCCUCUCCGCAGAGUUCAGCCUCGCUGCCCUCCCCCAAGAGAUAGAGAGUCAUUGAAGCGCAUGCAAAGCCCCCCUUGGGCCACGCCCCAGCCUCAGCCCAUGCAGCAGACCCGUUUCAGGGCUAUGUCUGGCUAUGUCUCCCCACCACUGACAGUAUAUAGCAUGGUAAGCUUCCUCUAGAUAGCAGGGAAACGGGGAAAGUCACUGGGACAUUUGCUUUGGUUCACUUUCCACAACAGAAGCCUGCAAAGCAAGGCACAGAGAGGUGGCAAGCCUCGCCUGCUGUUUCUCCCCAGCGGUUCAGUGGUAGACUGCCUCUGACCCUGGAGGUUCCGCGCAACACUCUUGAGCGCAUAGCCAGUGAGUGCCUUCUCACUCCUCCUUUUCAAAGCAGGCUCCAGAACUGUACCUGACCGCAGGUCCCUGAGGAUGGGGCCUGGGAGAGAUGCGAGUGGCCCAAGGGGCUUGGGGGGAGGCCUUCCAGAGCUGGGCCACGUGGCCUCUUUCUCUCCCCACACUCCGGUCUUUUGCUCCAACAGACAUUCUUCCGGAUCAGGAGAGAGCAGGGCACCCGCCUGGGGGAAUUAGAUUCCUGGAUGUGGAGAUGCCCCACCCAGCACAAUGAGAUUUCUUUGCCAGAUACUCUUGAGGCAGGGGAUGCCACGAGGAGGAACAGGAACGCUUCUCAUGUGACUUUUAAAAUAGUCGGCGGGGGUGGGGUGUUGUUAUUCCAAGUCCCAGAGUCCUAGCCAAAGGGGCAUGGAAAUGCCUUGCGGUUGCCAGCCUUGCUGAGGCUGCUGCCUUCCCCUAUUGGCAAAAAAACUCUUUUUAUUUUUUGGCUGUGUGUCUUCACCUGCCUUGAUCCCUCUGGUGGCACUCAGGACUGGGCUCUUGGCACUCGUGCCCAUGUCGACGAGGAGAAGGACGUCCCAGUGAACAAUUUGGGGGCCUGGAGGGGUUUCAUCUUCUUAGCAUUUGACAGAAGUGGGUGGAGAAUCCUGUGUUUCCAUAGAUCAUUUAUUUGAUGCAUGGGAUUCUGUCUUAAAACAUGCCCAAAGCAGCUUAGGAAGAUCACCUUUGAAGCAACAUAUAAGCACAGCAGCCGGCAGUUAAAAUUAUGCCGCAACCAGAGACUCAGUUUUCGUAAAUUAUAACUAAAGGCCGUAAGAGCAGGCAGGUCCAAUCUAUCAGAGUGGAUCCCUUGUGUGAGUGAUCCUGCAGGCUCUGCUGGUGGGGUUUGUCCUUGAGCUGUGAGAGGGCUGGGGCAGCUAUGGCUUCAACCUGGAUCAUGAGCUUAAAUCCCAGGACUCAGUCACAGAAUACAGGCAAGAGCGUCUCUGAACCUGUGCAGGUGCUGAGGCAGUAUUCAGGUGGCAUGGUGCCACUGCCGGUUGACCAUGCUGAUCAGGACAGCGUUUGCCAGCCUGGCCGGGGCUGAUGAAUGUUAAGACAUCUGGAGGGCACCAGGUUGGUGAAGUCUGCUUGAGGAAAGUGGCUUUGAGCUGCCAGCCCCCGGGACAGGCUGCUGGGAUCACAGGCUGUCACCUUGGAGAGAAGGGGAAGCGAGAGGCCUUCUCUAGACUUGUCCCGAAGAGGCCCUGUUGUUGUUUUUUUUACAAGGGGGGCAAAGUGCAAGGCUGGGAGCUUUUGAGGAAACGGCAUUGUCAGGGAAACGUGGGCAAACAGCCCUUGCCAGCCCCGUUCCCUGCCACUGGCCCUGAAUGGAGACGUUAGAACUAGGAGGGGGGAUCUUUAUCUAUCGGGUUAGAGGGGGAAACGCCCAGGCAUCUGCUUGCCUGGGAACUGAAGAAACAGGCAGGACCAUCUUCCCCUCCCUGUAUGCAUGUUCUUAGCAUGGGCUGAAUCUGACCACUGCAAACUAAGCAGUCAGAGGUGGGGUAGGGUGGAAGGAGUCUGGAGCCAGGAGUUUGGAGACUUUUUUCCAGCCUCUUCAGCAUCUUCAUAAUUUAAUCUGUGGAAAGUUUAACACACGCCAGUCCUCGGAGGAGCACAAGGCCAAGCUCGGCACACUCCCCCCCCCUUUGGUCUGGUGUGUGUGAAGGGGCCUGGCUGCUAACGCUUUCUUUUCUGUUCCUCCCUCAGGCUAUUUCGUGCAGGACUUCUUCGACAUGAUGUAUCACCAGAAGAUCCAGCAGUGCUGGGAACUGCUCUUCCAUCACUCUGUGGUGAGUUCUGGGAGCACCUCUCCCCCACAUGCAGUGGGAAGGGAUUCUUCCUCCUCGCUUGAUCUGCACAGCAACCCUGUGAGGCUGGCCGAGAUCACACCCAGUGGGUCCCAGGGCAGCUCUCUCACCCCUGCACCACACUUCCCCCCAGGCACCAGCCGGCUGGCUAGGAGAAAUGAAGGUGCCUCAAAUUAGUUCAGGGAUAGGGCUCUCCGGGAUUUCAGGCAGGCAAAUCCCCAGAUGGCAGAAGUUUAUAAAAUUAUGCAUGGCCUGUAGAAAAGUAGAUAAGAGAAGUUUCCUCCCUCCCCUGUCUCAUAACACUGGCCAUCCCGUGAAGCUGAAUGUUGAAAGAUUCAGAAAGGAUAAAGAAAACCCUUCCUCACGAACCACACUCACUCCUACAGCAGGCAGGGGUGGCCAACUUGGAUGGCUUUAAAAGAAGAUUAGAGAAAUUCCUAAAAGGGGAGAGGGCUGUCGAUGGCUGUGCUCUGUCUUCCACAUUCAGAGUGUUCCUGAAUGCCAGUUGCUGGAAACCACAGGAAGGGCGAGUUGCUCCUGUGCUUGAGUGCUGCUAGCAGGCAUCCUCGUGGGGCACCUGAUCCAGCAGGCACUUUGGUUCUGAUGCUAGGCCAGGAUUGUCAGCAACCGCCCCGUCCCUGAGCGUGUUUUAUAAUGAUGUCUGUGCAGCUUACAUAAAGAGAAGCUGACCUGUGCCUCCUUGGAGCUGGGUAGGGCAGGGCGUGCCAUGCUUGGCUGCUCUCCAACAAUGGUCUCUGGCAGCUCAGCUUCUUGGCGCAGCCCUUGGCUCAGGCCACUCGACAAGGGCCAGGGGCUGUGGGGUCAGGCAAGCUGAUACGUGCAGGGCUUGACUGCAUGUGCUGGGUGGUCUCAUUCCCCAUUCAGACCCUGUUACUAGGAAAACGUGCUUCCUGCUCCUCCCGGUCCCUUUGCAAGUGGGCAAAGUUUGAAGUGGGGGGUGGGAUGAGCGCAUGGUAAGUAAUCUAGGAGCAGCUGGGGGGGCAGGGGGUAGAGAAGGCAAGGAAAGGAGCCUUUGUAAGGCUUUGCCCCAGUUUUCAGUCCCAAGGCAGUUCAGCCUCACAGCAGGUAAGGUGGUGGUGAAGGCAGGAGUGUCUCUGCACAUGCAGACAACCUUUCGACCCAAGCUGAUUAAGCUGCCUGUCUGGAGUAUGUUGGGGGGCAGUGUGCACACCCUCCAGGCAGGCACCUCUCCUCACUGGGCUUCUAUCCUUCUGGUGGCUUUCCAGCCCAUUAGAAGCUGCUGCCAGAUGGGUCAAAAGGCCAUUUAAAUAAUACAUCUAAUUCAGGCAGAGACAAAGCUUAAUCCCCAGGGGGCAGCUAAUCCCAUUAGGGCAUGUGCCGAGGACAGCAUUGCUGGGAAGAGCUAGAGGACCCCCCCCCCCCACACACAAAGAAUGGAUCUCCUACACACCCACACACCCACUAAGAGAAGGGGAUCUUGGCAGCUCCCCCUUCCUUCCUCUGCAGUCCUACCCAAUCCACUGAGGUUUACAGAGGAGGAGGAGUCUGUCUGCUGUGUGAUCCCAAGAUCCUCCUCCCUCUCCCUGCCUCCCUCAGGUGCUGAGCUGUCUGGCUGCUUCUCCUCUUGCUGGCCACUAGAAUUUUUUUGGACAAGGCCCCACUGCUUUUAACAGCUGCAAGACAGGUAGAAAUUCAACAGGUGAUGUAGGCACCACUGCCACAUCUCCAUGCAAGGGGAAAGCCAUGUUUUUGCUUUGCUUGCAGCUGUUAAAACCUCCUUAUAAAAAACCUGAAGAUUCAAACUGUUUUAGCUGGUGCCUGGCUUUGCUCUCCUCACUCCCUGUCCCUUUGGCCUCAUGUGUUGUACUUUUCAGAUUGGAAGCCUAUGGGCAGAGACUGUCUUGCUUUAAUUGACUGUAGGUAAGCUGCUGUGGGUGCCCUUUUGCCUGAUACAAAUCCUGUAAAUUAAAUAAAUCCACCACAGCACCCUUGACUGGCAUUGACCCAGUCACAGGCACUCACCCUCUCCCCCAGCCAGAAGUGCCCUGCCUUCCUUCCUCACCUGGUGGAUUCAGCCUCAACCCCAAAGCUGCUCCCCAAAGUCUUCAUUGUAGGAAAAUGAUGUGACAUGAAAUUGGCUAGGGCUGAUCCGCUCUCAGGCUCUCCAGGCUGGCCAUCUUCAGUUGCUGCAGCUGGAGAGGAAGAGGCAUAACUGCAUGGACACCUGUCUUACAUGCAGAAGGUGCCAGGUUCAAUCCCCAAUGGCAGCCUCUGCAGUUUACAAGGGUCAGGAAGCUGGCGAACAGGCUCUCUGCCUGAGAGUCUGGUGACCCGCUGCCAGUCUGAGCAGGCAAUCCUGGGCUAGGUGUACAGAGAGUGUGAAGGAAAGUAGACUGUCUGCUUUGCAUGGAGGAUGCACUCUCCAAUGGCAGUCUCUCCAGUUAACAGCUGGAGUAGGAGAGACCUUUUCCUCAGCCAGAGACCCUUCAGAGAUGGUGCUGGCUUCCUAACAGCCAUUGCUCCCUUCCUGCAUCUCUCCCAGGUGAUCCUCUGCUUCGGCUUUGCCUUCCUGGUCCACCGCUUUGUGGGCUUCGCCAUGGUGGCCCUGCUGGUGGAGAUCAACUCCAUCUUCCUGCACCUGCGGACGAUCCUGUUGAUGGCUGGCUUGGCCCACACCACCUCCUACCGCUUGACCAGCCUGCUCAACCUGGGCACUUACGUGGUCUUCCGCAUCACCACCCUGGCUUGGAUGACCCGCUGGCUGGUGCUCAACCGGGAGAACAUACCGCCCAACACCUACACCCUCAGCACGGUGGGCAUGGCCGUCAUGACUCCCAUGAACAUUGUCCUUUUCUACCGCCUGCUCCGCAACGACUUCCUCACCUCCAGCCGGCGUGAGAAGGAGAAGUGACCACCCCUGGCUCCUCCCUCCUCAACAGCUGGCUGUACAGGCCACAGGAAGGGGGAGAGCAAGUCAGCAGGACAGGAGAGGAGAGCCAGAGGGUGGUCUUCAACAUCUGCUUUCCAGGUUGCAACUGCCCCUCCAGCUGGAUCAUGGAAAGGCCACCGCAGCCACAGCUGCAACCACAUGGCAGGAAGAAGCUGCUCCUGGAGAGUCUCUUGGGACAGUGUUAGGGGCCCUCUGGUUAGCUGGGGAGGGGUCUUGGCAGCGGUCAAGGAAUGUGGGCUAGCGGGAGCAGUAGCCAAGGAUGUAACGUCUCCCUUUAGGGAGGGAGCUGGUUGAAAUGACUUGGCCCUCACAACUCUCUGUGCUCUGACCGUUGUUUUUGGCACCUGCCUGCCCCCCCCUUGCAGGGUGGGAGUUUCACUGCAUCAGAGCUCCAGAAGGCAAGACCCCUUUCCGGACACCAACACCUGAGAUCCAGGCCAGAGCAAGUGGCAGGAUGCUAGGAUCCCUCCCUUCUCCCUCACCCCUCUGUCUUGUUGCCUCCUGGCCCUUCUCUGCCUGCAUAUGAAAGCAGGAUUGCCCUGGCCUCUCUUUCUUUCUCUCUUCAGAACAUUUAUCUCCUUGAAGAGCCUGUAUGUGAUCUGCCCUUCCAUGCCAUGCUCAGCUGAGCCUCUCAGUAACUAACAGUCUGUAGGUGCAUUCUCUGCAGGCAAGCGUGGGGGAGUGCCAGUUGGCCAUUGUCCUCUUACUAUUCUCUCUUUUGAAGAGUUGCAAGCAAAUCCCACUCUCCUCACCUCUCUCCAGGCUAAGCCAGAGAUGCUGCCAUGGCCAAGUUCUGCCCCUGCUGGCCACCUAGAUUAAUCCAAGGCAUCCCUGUGCCAGGGGACAGCACCCUCUGGUUGUACUGGAUGCUGAGAGCCAGGAUCUUUUAACCCUGCUAAGAGCCAAACAGCUUCCUCUGAGGCCUCAAUAUUGUGUAGACCACUGGUGGUGAAUCUAUGGCAUGCGUGCCAGAGGGCGCACUCAGAGCCCUCUCUGUGGGCAUGUGUGCCGUUGUCCCAGCAGGGCCGUAGCUAGGGGGUGAAACUGGUGCUCCAGCACUGCAGGGGGCUCCUGGCCGCUUCCAGCAUGGUCCCAGCACUGCUAGGGCACCAUUUUCACCCUCGGGGCCACGCUGAGGGGAGGAGGAGAGGAGGGCUCGUGCUGGGAAACUGCCGGUCUGUCCAGGCCUCGACUUUUGAUGCGCCAGAGCCUCCUGCCAGUUUGUUGUUCCUACUUGGGAGUAAGCCGCCUUGAGUUCAGCAAGGUUAGACAAAUUAUCAGCAUGUGUACAACAGCAAAAAUCAUACUAAUUGUUCAAAAGCAUGCCAAAUGCAAAUUUUUACCUUUCAAAAAAAAAGUUGUUUGUAUCAUUGAAAGCACUGUUAUUGUGGGGUUUUUUUAAAGACAAAAGAUGUUAAUGUAUGAGUUGUUUUUUCUAAACUAAAACCUCAGUAUUCAGGUUAAAUUGCCGUGUUGGCACUUUGCGAUAAAUAAGUGGGUUUUGGGUUGCAGUUUGGGCACUCGGUCUCUAAAAAGUUCGCCAUCACUGGUGUAGACAAUAAGGGAGAAUGCACUUACAAGAAUCUUAUUCUAACGAAGUGUAUGGAUAUGUUUGCACAAAAGUAACAGAAAUAAAAGGAUAAAGUGAA